GAUGGCCUAUGUUUGCGGAAUAUGUGGGGCUCAAGGCUUCUCUGGUCGGGGCCCCCUUAAAAACCAUCAAAACGGUGAAACCUGCCGAAUGACCGCUGCCAAUCGCAUUUCGCAUCAGACUUCAUCUCGCACCAUGCAUGUACCCCGCAUAGCACAAGCCACCAUGCCCACCCCGUCGUUGUCCAUCAGCACCCCAUCCUCUCCCGUGCAUGAGGCUCAUCCUCCCCCCCCUCAAGACCCACCCCCCAACAACACACAGCCCGAAUCCCAAGAAGAGGAGGGCGUUCAACAAGAGUGUGCACCAGGUGAUGUCAAUGGCGAGGAAGGUGAGAGCAAUCCCUUCAAUUUUGCGGAUGCCUUUGCUCACUUUCUCUUGACUUGCAAUUUGUCAAAGAGUGCCAUUAACAAUCUCUUGCAAAUCCUGAAUCUUAGUGACAAGUUCAAGGACGAUGUAGUGGUGUUCCGCAAUACGCGAGACGUUGAAAAAUACGUCGAUGAGCGCGUCCUUGAUCCCCAUCGCAAUUGGCGUCGCGGUCUUGUGCGCGUAAAAUCGAAAACCGCACUAGAAUUUUUCUUUUGUGAUGGUGUCAUUGGGAUGGUAGAUCUGUUGACGCACCCCAAAAACUCGGAAAAACUUGUCCUCAAACCCACCACGCGCACCGAUGAUCAAACCCAUGUGUACUCAACACCUGAAACCGGUGAUUGGUGGUUCACCCUUCACAAUGAGGUGCAAAAGAUUGAUCCGGAAGGUGUCGUUGUCGCCCUCAUAUUGUCGAGCGACGAGACCCAUAUGGACCAGCGUGGUCGCGCAAAAGGUCAUCCUGUCUACUUAACUUUGGGUAACAUCGACAAGCAUGACCGCUGGAAGCCAUGGGGUCACGUACUGCUAGCACUACUUCCCGAGUUCACACCAGAGUACGAUUCAGUCGAUAAGUUGAUCGUGUUCCAGCACAUCCUCUCAAUGGUCAUGGAACCAUUGAGAAAGGCCUCACACACAGGGGUGAGGGUGAAGGACCCGAGCGGUGCCACAUACAAUGCCUACCCUGGUUUGUAUGCGUACGCGUGCGAUUACCCAGAGUCGUGCAAGGUGACUUGCACAAAGUCGGGGGCCCUCACGAGUCAUCCAUGUUCGUUGUGCACAGUCCCAGUGUUGCAAACAAACAAAUUUAUUCAUCGCAUCAUCCCACGCACGCCACUUUUGCAAAAGGGCAUAGCAACCCUUUUGCAAAACAAAAGCUACCCGCCGGGACUAUCUACCAUCUCUACACACCCGGUGAACUGCUUUUUGUGGGGUUGGCGUUGGGAAUCGAUACCCAUUCUGAACCCCUACUUAUGCGUCAUGCCUGAUAUCAUGCACCAGGCUGAUUUGGGAAUUCUCGUGCACAUCCUAGACAUUCUGCGUGUGAAGCUAACAACCGCACAGAAAAGACUUGCCGAUGAUAGGCUUGCGUACCUGCGAGAACACAACCGCAAUCCAUUCAUGCGCUUGCCUGGAGGCGAGUAUUUCUCCCAGGGGGCGAGCUACCAGGCGUACGAGCAUAGGAGUGUUAUGCAAGUCCUUCCAUUUCUUUUGCGAGGAUUUGAGACCACAGUCCCGCAGGCACAAAUGGAUGCGAUUGCAACGUACAUCGACUGGUACACCUACUGUGCACGAACGAGCGAGCACACGACAGCGUCACUGCGUGAUCUGAAACACAAGGCUGAGAGGAUGAUCACCGCUCUCGUCGUGGCGUUUCCUACGCAGGCCUCCAAGUGGAGGCGCACGGCUACGGCACAGAUCAUGAACAGCGAGGUCAUGCGUCUGCGGCUCGAAUCUCUUGCACCAAUCCUCGGCAAGCGUAAAUCGUACGACACGUGCAUGUCUGAGGCACAGAGAACGGGGGAACGGGUGCUUUCUCGCGAGAGUUGGAGGCUCCUGGUGCCUCAUAACCGGCGUGAGGCACCGUACGUUGUGCCCUUGACCCCUGAUUUCGUCCGAGAUGUAGAGUUCACCUCUGCGUUAUCCGCGGACUUACCGUUCCUGCGCAACGCCCUCAACAAUGCCCCUGAUUGUGCGGGUAGUACGAUCGACACCAUACAUGUCCACAACGGGUUAGCCAUGCCAGCUGCCGUUGAUGCAUCAUUCAGCCGCCUACCACAUCUCGUCAGGGCAGCACCGAUGUUCUAUGGUCGGCCAUGGUUCUCCAAUAUCGCGGUUGUAGGAGAGGAUGAAUCAGGUACCACGGAGUGGUACGCCAAGGUGUUGAUUCUGUUUCAGCGAGCUCACGCGCCAGAAAAUGGCUCUGAUGUUGUCACGCUGGAUGCUGCUGGUGUGCCAGUUGACGACUCUGCGACGGGAAACGACAACGGCGACGUCCUGGAGAAGAUCCAGUCGUUCAUGACGUUCAUGGACCUUAUGAAGGCGAAUGGGAUGCUUCCGCAGGAGCUACGAAAGAAGCCGAAGAAGGGUAGCAUGGCAGCAAUCUCCCAAAACCCAGCAUCACCAACGCCUUCUCCCGAUGUGCCUGCUGCAAGCACAAGUUCCAGCCCUCUGGAAACUCUGAACAGCGGGGCUGUAACAGACGCCCCGCUUGAUCUCACAGAGGCUUUUGCAGUUGCAGCUGAGGUCACCCCCUCAGCAGGCUCCCAAGAAAUCGUGCGUCUUCGUUCUGAGGUGGAAGAUCUUCAAAACUCGUUGAAGAUAACGCAGGAGCGGGCCCUUGACUUGCAGAUCGCGCUGGACGAAAAGGAGGCGGCUUACACAACUCUUACCCUGCGCUACGAAGAGCAGGAUGCUCUGAUCCAAGCUCUGCGUCAACAGAUUGCGAACACCGCUAGCACGAAUGGCGCUGUUGUCAACACCGCCAUUCUGCCAACGUACGACCUGCAGUCGCUCCCACGGGACCAAAAAAACGUAGUGAUUGUCCCGGCCACCCUCGACCAGGACCACCUGUUUGGGAAAAAAGCACUGGAGGCCUUCACCUACAUGACUACAACUGCACCGACCUGGAGGCUUCUGUUCUACCCGUCGUGGCCCGAGCUGCGGGAGAUGAUGGCGGAGAAAUAUGCUGAAGCUGGCGUCUCGAGGGACAUGUUCUACUACGUCAUCUGCAACUUCCCAGCUAAAGAGAACAUCGCCAUGCGGAAGGUGUCAGAGAAGCGAAGCAACUACAACUCUGACAUUAAGACGUACGGUCGCGGUCCGGGCGGAUGUGUCGCCGAGAGCAAGUUGAAGGAACUCGCGGACGAGGGCGUAGCUCCCACCACCACCAGAACACCUGCUGAGUGGACCCUGCACUUUCUGCACGUGCGGUUCGGGUCGAAAUGGCAUUUCUGCAUUGUGAGCUCCCGGCCAUUCGCCAACCGUUCCUUCGAGCUAGUGCUGCUGCACGGUUUUGGCAGCAAGAAGGCGACCACAAUCAUGGUGAAGAUCCCAUUGGUGGGAUAUGCCUGCAACAUGGUGGAAUGGCCCUUGGCAAAUGCCAGGGGCCGUGCCAAUCCCUCCCUUGACACGUCUGAGAUGGUCAACCAGCAGAACGUGGAGCUGAAGAUCUCCCAUGUGGUGACCUGGAUUAAAGAGACCUAUGAGAACGGGGACCGGGGUAUCUGGGAUCUCGUGGCUCCUGCUGGCUUCCGGAUGUCCCCGAACGUCAAGAUUCUGAUUGAGGGAUAUGAGAGCCAGAUUUUCCCAAUGGAUUGCCCUAGAUGUGGAUCUGGGGAGUGUGCAUUGUUCACUGUAGAGUACCGUAACAUUGUCAAGCUUUGUAGUAGUUUAACUGGUUCUAGUAGUGACGUCUGA